UUUUUAACUUAUAAAACUCAUCAAUCUGAUUAUAUCUGCAUAUUCGUAAAAUUACCUGAGGCCCGUUACGUACAGCGUGCUACUGGGGAAUUUAAUUUAAACUGUAAUAAAAAACGCACAGACUGAAAUGAACUUAGAAAGGCGCAAUUUUGAAAUUCUGCGUUUUAUGAAACUCACCUGACACGCAUGCUCCUUGUUCUGCACGCUGUUUCCGGUUUUCCUCUUCACCCCUCCUGCCCUCCCUCCUCUCUUGAUUGUCAAUCUGUCAAGUUGAGUAAACUCAAUAAAAAUCGAAUUUUAUUUAUAUUUUGAAUAAGUUUCUUAUGUGAAAUGUAAUAUUAUGUUGAACUACACCUUAAAAAGUUAGAAGGAACCGUCAAUGAUAAUUUGGUUCAGUUUAAGACGCAAUAGGAUUAUAAUAUGGUAUCCAAUAAGAUGCAGUCGUCACUGGACGAUUUAGUUCAAUAUACACAGCUUUUCAAGCCGGUGCCCACUGUUCUGCAAGGGACUGUGCUACCUUUUUUGAUAAUUUACCCGAUCGUGUUUUAUUCAUGGAUCGUUGUGUACGGGUUUGAGGACAACUUCGAGGCUGGGUUUGUGAGUGUCGUGGUGGUAGCUACCAUACAAAUUCUAAUUUGUCUCUGUUGCUAUUGGAGCGUGCAUAUUCAGUGUUUCCUAUCCUGUUCGUCGGUUAAGGACCCAAUUCAAGCUGAAAUAGUGAAAGUAGUACCAACAUCUAACAAUGGGUUUUCUGAAAUUGUCAAACUUCAUCACACUAAGUCAACUACAAAAGGUAGUGUUCAUCCAGAUGUAUGGUUUAUAUUUCAAAAGAGCAAAUAUGUUUAUGACUGGGAGAAGAAAACAUUUCACACCAUUGAGUUUCCAACAAACAAGACUUAUGAGGAGUAUAUGGAGUCUAAAGGGUAUACUGAUGAUGAAGCCAUCGAUAUAGCUGAAAAGGAGUAUGGGAAAAAUGAAAUGAUUAUGGUUGUUCCCGAGUUCAUGGAACUGUUUAAAGAAAGAGCUACCGCACCAUUCUUUGUGUUCCAAGUGUUCUGUGUUGCUCUAUGGUGUUUAGACAAGUACUGGUACUAUUCUAUAUUUACCCUUGUCAUGCUUGUGAUGUUUGAGUGCACCCUAGUACAGCAGCAGCUAAGAAACAUGGCUGAAAUUAGGAAAAUGGGGAACAAACCCUAUAAUAUAAAUGUAUACAGGAAUAGGAGAUGGCGACAAAUAAUGAGCGACCAGCUCUUGCCUGGGGAUGUUGUGUCUCUCAUAAGGUCUACCAAUGAUAACUUAGUCCCUUGUGAUAUUGUCCUCCUCCGAGGUUCAUGUAUAGUUGACGAGUCAAUGUUAACUGGAGAAAGUGUCCCUCAAAUGAAGGAAUCUAUUGAUAAUGAAAAAAACCUCAAACAAAACUUAGAUCCAGAAGGUGAUGGAAAACUACACAUGCUGUUUGGUGGUACCAAGAUUGUUCAACAUUCCUCACCUAGCAAAGGCACUUCAACAGCUCUAAAGGCGCCUGACAAUGGGUGCAUUGGUUACGUUAUUCGUAACGGUUUCAACACGUCACAAGGAAAGCUAUUAAGAACAAUUUUGUUUGGUGUUAAAAGGGUGACUGCUAACAAUCUUGAGACAUUUGGUUUCAUUUUAUUUUUACUUAUCUUCGCGAUUGCCGCGGCUGCAUAUGUUUGGAUUAAGGGUUGUGAGGAUCCUGAGCGGAACAGAUACAAACUAUUUUUAGAAUGCACUUUGAUAUUGACCUCAGUUGUGCCACCUGAAUUGCCAAUUGAGUUGUCACUAGCUGUUAAUACUUCAUUAUUGUCGUUAUCUAAGUUAGCAGUAUUUUGUACGGAACCUUUCAGAAUACCGUUCGCCGGAAAAGUAGAAAUAUGCUGUUUCGAUAAGACUGGUACUCUAACAAGUGAUAAUUUAGUUGUAGAAGGCGUAGCCGGUAUAGAAAACCACAAAGAUGCUACAGUCAUUCCACUAUCUCAAGCACCAAUGGAAACAAUACAAGUGUUAGCAUCAUGCCAUUCUCUUGUACAAUUGGAUGAUGGCGUGGUUGGUGAUCCUUUGGAGAAAGCUACUUUGAAAGCAGCAGAGUGGAACUUGACCAAAGGAGAUGCUGUCGUGCCAAAGAAAGGAAAGUCACCAGGCUUGAAAAUAGUCCACAGAAACCACUUCUCAAGUGCCCUUAAAAGAAUGUCUGUUAUAGCAGGCUAUCAGGUCAACGAAAGAGGUUUUAUAGAAACCCAUUACAUUAGUAGCGUAAAAGGUGCCCCAGAAACCGUUAAGUCUAUGCUCAAAGAGGUUCCUAGUCAUUAUGAUCACGUUUACUUGACUCUCUCGAGACGAGGUGCGAGAGUCUUGGCGUUAGGUUAUAGGAAUUUAGGGAAAUUAAGUUCUCAACAAAUUAGGGACAUGUCUCGCGAGGACAUUGAAUCUGAUUUGACAUUUGUUGGAUUUGUAAUUAUUUCGUGUCCAUUGAAAACCGACUCGAAGAGGGCGAUAGCCGAAAUAGUGAAUGCUUCUCAUUCCGUUGUGAUGAUAACUGGAGACAACCCAUUGACUGCGUGCCACGUAGCUACGGAACUGAAGUUUACUCAAAGAAAGGAAGUUCUAAUUUUGACAGAAAGUGAUAGUAAGUGGGCUUGGAAGUCCAUUGAUGAAGAGGUAAACCUUCCUGUGAAUCCGUUUAAGACUUCGAAGCAGUUGACCGCGAAGUUUGACCUGUGUAUAACGGGGGAGGGUCUGACGUACCUGAACGAGAACCAUUACAAGUUCCUGUUGGAGCUGAUGCCCCAUAUCAAGGUGUUCGCGAGGUUUGCUCCGAAACAGAAGGAGUUCGUCGUGGUGACUUUGAAGGCACUCGGUUAUACGACGCUCAUGUGCGGUGAUGGAACAAACGACGUCGGUGCUCUGAAACAUGCCGAUGUUGGCGUAGCAAUUCUCGCUAACGCACCGGAAAAGCCACGAGAGAGGCCUCGGGAGGAGCGAGCUGUGGAAGAGGCCCCGCGUCGGCCCGCCAAUAGGCAGGAGGCCCGCGCCGAGGCGGCCGCGCGCCUGCGCCGGGCCAUGCGCGAGCUGGAGGAGGAAGACACGCAACUAGUGAGGCUCGGCGACGCCAGUGUCGCGGCACCCUUCACCAGCCGACUCUCCAGCAUAUUCUGCAUUUGCCACAUAAUCAAGCAAGGUCGUUGCACGCUGGUGACUACCCUGCAGAUGUUCAAGAUCCUGGCUCUGAACGCGCUCAUCCUGGCGUACAGUCAGUCGGUGCUCUAUCUCGAUGGCAUCAAGUUCUCGGACACGCAAGCCACGCUGCAGAGUCUAUUGCUGGCCUCUUGUUUCUUGUUUAUUUCUAGAUCGAAGCCACUGAAACAGCUAUCGAAGCAGCGUCCAUUGCCGAACAUCUUCAACGUUUACACAAUAAUGACGGUACUGACGCAGUUCGCUGUGCACUUCGUGUGUCUCGUGUACCUGGUGAAUGAGGCCACGGCACGGUCGCCUGGAAGGGACACGAAACCCCAGUUGGAGAUGGACCUUGCUGAGGACGAAAUCCGGGAGUUCGCCCCGGACCUCCUCAACAGCACCGUCUACAUCAUAUCCAUGUCACUUCAGAUAUCAACCUUCGCUAUCAACUAUAGGGGCGAGCCGUUUAUGGAAGGCCUGCGCGACAACAAGCCGCUGCUGUACAGUAUCGUGGUGUCGGGCGGCGCGGUGCUGGCGCUGGCCGCCGGCGUAUUCCCCGACCUCUCCAGCAUGUUCGAGAUCGUCUACUUCCCGCCAGACUACCGGCUUAUCCUUGUCCAAGUGUUGAUAGCAGACAUGGUGUUCGCCUACCUGGUGGACCGGCUUUGCCUCAUCCUGUUCGGCGAGGGUCUCUCGCGAAGAGUGACGUAACGCCGAAUGUUACGCAACGCGACAACAUUCUAUCGUAUUACUAAUAUAGGCAAAUGUUUUUGUUCACAGAUUACUUAUUAUUACAUAGAUACUUGGAUUUUUAUACUCAUUUCUAUAGGCAAAUACGAUAUUUUUAAUACUAAUAAUAAUAUUCGAAUUCUAGAAACUUUGUUUAAAAAAUAUGCUAAUUAUAUAUUAUGAUACCGAAAAAAUAACAUUCCAUUAAUAUUUCAGUUUAAAACAUUACGUUUGAAUUUUGAAGCAAAAAAUGCUAAUAUAAAAACGCGCAUGUUCAAAUCAAAACGUUUAAAAAACUACUUACAAAAGCGUCACGCACACAGUUGCGUGCAAAAGUGUGUUACUAUUUCGUUAUUAUUAUAAUGUAUGUAUUUGUUUCUAGAAACGUUAUCACAAGUCUAGUAUCUGAAUAAUAUAUAAUCCUUGGAUAUUUCGUGUAAAUAUCUCAAAUUAUAAACAAAGUACGUUACUUGUCGAUGUGGUUGCCAUGGCGACGGUGUAACCGCUCAAAUAAUAUGUGCAUUUAAAUAUGACGGAUAAAUGUGUUGAUGGUAUUUAUUAUAAAAUAUAAUUGUGUAGCUAAAUGUAA